AUGUCGGUGGCUCCACUCCUGGUGGCCCUGCUCCAGGUGGCAGUGCUGCCCUCUGUCUUCGGCGGGGCGUACUACGGCCACAACGGGCACAACGGCCACAAUGGCCACAAUGGCCACAACGGACAUCCUCAGCAGCACCCCCAGAUGCCCCAGCACCCCCAGAUACCCCAGGCACCCCACAUGGGCAACAAGGACAAGGGCUACAUGCACUAUCAGCACUACAGGAAGGACCUGCCCCAAAUGCCCCGCGGGAAGGAGAAGGGUCUCACCAUUCCCCAGGGAGAGCUAGGUAUCCCCCAGGGCGAACAGGGGCCUGCUGGACCUCCAGGGCCCGCUGGGCCAACGGGUCCAGCUGGACCACCCGGUCCUCCCGGUAACGGACUCCCUGGGUCGGGAGGAAAGCCUGGACUCCCUGGACCUCAAGGACUUGCCGGAGUCGGAAAACCCGGAAUGCCAGGGUUGCCAGGGAAACCAGGCGGACCUGGCCUGCCAGGGCCCCCUGGAUAUCAAGGUCCGAGUGGAGGAGAGGGGCCCGAGGGGCCGAUGGGUCCCUCAGGACCUCCAGGACCGCCUGGACUCCCCGGCAUGGGCAAGCCUGGGGGCCAGGGGCUGCCCGGGGCCCCGGGGAUGAAAGGAGAGCCCGGACACAAGGGACUUCCAGGGCUCCCUGGCCUGCCGGGACCAAAGGGAGACAAAGGGAUCGGGAUGCCUGGGUUGCCUGGACACAAGGGGCCUUCAGGACCGCCGGGACGCCCAGGACAAGGUGGUCUGCCAGGAAUCGGAAAACCAGGAAUGCCCGGAAUGCCGGGAGCACCAGGCGUGUCAGGAAAACCAGGACCUACCGGAGAUCUCGGACCCGCAGGGCCACCUGGACAGGAGGGACCUCAGGGAAUGCCCGGACCAGACGGAAUUGGAAAACCAGGACUGGACGGUGUUCCAGGCCAACCAGGGCCGCAGGGCGGCAAAGGACAACCAGGUCUGCCAGGGCUGCCAGGAAAACCGGGACUGCCAGGAAUUGGCAAACCAGGAUACCCAGGACCUAAGGGAGAUAAGGGGCAGGGAGGCCAGCCAGGUGUCUUUGGACCAAAGGGAGACAAAGGACCAGGAGGAGCACCAGGACCACUAGGCCCGCCAGGACCCAACGGACCUCCGGGACCACCCGGCCGCAUGGGCCCCCCAGGCGGGAUAGGUGUACCUGGACAAAGAGGCGAAGGAGGAUCUGUGGGACCGAAAGGUGAAGUUGGACCCAUGGGAGAACCAGGACCCACAGGGUUGCCAGGCGAGGCCGGCGGUGCAGGAGAGGGAGGCGAGCCUGGGCCAAGAGGGUCUCCGGGGCCAGUGGGUCCGCAGGGCGAGGGAGGACAGAAGGGUCAGCCAGGACCUCCUGGUCAACCCGGUCUGCCCGGCCUGAAGGGUGAGGGAGGCGGCCCUGGUCCAGAGGGCCCUCAAGGACCAAAGGGGAUCCCAGGAAUCGCUGGUCCCGGCGGCCCGAUUGGACCUCCUGGACCUAACGGACCCAAAGGAGAGGGAGGCCCACCGGGUCAACCUGGUCCUGCCGGGGAGGGGAACCCAGGCGUGGCAGGCCCGACCGGACCUCCAGGAAGAACAGGACCUUCGGGCCCACCUGGCCAACCGGGUCGAGUCGGUCCCCCCGGCCCUCCUGGUCCUCCUGGAGCCCCGGCGGAGUCGCCGGACCUGGAGGCCGUGCUGCCCGAGAUGGGCCCGGCGCUGGACGGCGUCAAGACCUACAAGGGCAAGAGCAAGUACGGCGGAACCCCCCAGGUCAUCGCCAGCGGCCUGGAGAUGCCCGCCUUCACCGCCACCCUGACCACGCCCUUCCCGCCCGUGGGCACGCCCGUGGCGUUCGACAAGAUCCUCUACAACGGCCGGCAGAACUACAACCCGCAGACGGGCGUGUUCACCUGCGACCUGCCCGGCAUCUACUACUUCAGCUACCACGUGCACUGCAAGGGCACCAACGUGUGGGUGGGCCUGUACCGCAACGGCGAGCCCGUCAUGUACACCUACGACGAGUACAAGAAGGGCAUCCUGGACCAGGCGUCCGGUAGCGCCGUGGUGCCCCUGCAGCCCGGCGACAGCGUCCACAUCGAGCUGCCCUCCGACCAGGCCGCCGGCCUCUACGCCGGACAGUACGUCCACUCGUCCUUCUCCGGAUUCCUGCUCUACCCGAUGUAA